GCGGCCCUGCCGGCCCUCGGCUCCCCCCGAACUCCUCCCGCCGCCGCCGCUCCCCCCCCAUCCCCUCCUCCUCCAUCCUCCAGUUCAAAAUGGCGACGGCGGCGGCGGCGGCGAUGGCUCCUCCGGGCUGCCCGGGUUCGUGCCCCAACUUCGCCGUCGUCUGCUCCUUCCUGGAACGCUACGGGCCGCUGCUGGACCUGCCCGAGCUGCCCUUCCCCGAGCUGGAGCGGGUGCUGCAGGCGCCGCCGCCGGACAUCGGCCACGGAGAAGUACCAAAAGAAUUGGUGGAGCUCCAUUUGAAGUUGAUGAGGAAGAUUGGCAAAUCCGUUACAGCAGACAGAUGGGAAAAAUACUUGAUCAAGAUAUGCCAAGAGUUUAACAGUACCUGGGCAUGGGAGAUGGAGAAGAAAGGCUAUCUUGAGAUGAGCGUGGAGUGCAAACUAGCACUCUUAAAGUAUCUCUGCGAGUGUCAGUUUGACGACAAUCUUAAAUUCAAGAAUAUAAUUAAUGAGGAGGAUGCUGAUACUAUGCGUCUCCAGCCAAUUGGGCGGGACAAAGAUGGCCUCAUGUACUGGUACCAGUUGGAUCAAGACCACAAUGUCAGAAUGUACAUAGAAGAACAAGAUGAUCAAGACGGCUCUUCUUGGAAAUGCAUUGUCAGAAAUCGAAACGAGUUGGCUGAGACUCUUGCACUCCUGAAAGCACAAAUUGAUCCUGUACUAUUGAAAAACUCUAGCCAACAGGAAGACUCUUCCCGGGAAAGUCCCACUCUAGAGGAUGAGGAGACUAAAAAAGAGGAAGAAACACCUAAACAAGAGGAAUCGAAGGAAAAUGGAAAGACGAAAGGUGAUGGGCAGCCAGGAGAUCCCAUCAAGCGCUCUGUGUCCAAUGUUCUAGAAGAGACAGCUGUGAAGACGGAAGAGGACGGAAAGGAGCUCGCGAAACUGCCCGUCAUUGUAAAGCACGAAAAACCUCUGCCAGAAACAGAGGGGAAAAAGAUCAUCAGGGAGGAAAGCGAUUCCUUCAAGGAAAAUGUCAAACCCAUUAAGGUAGAAGCAAAGGAAUGCAGAGUGGACUCCAGGGAUCUCAAGGGCAGCUCGGAGAGACUGGGCACACAGGAGCCCGAGCGAGUAGACUUUGGUGGCAGCAUCCGAUCUUCUCAGGACAUCCCAGAGAAAUCUUCUGAGGAAACAGAGAAGCUUAGAAAUGACCAGCAAGCCAAGAUACCACUCAAAAAACGUGAAAUUAAGCUGAGUGAUGGUUUUGACAGACCUUUGUGUAAGUCAGCUACUCCAACAAAAGAAGUUUUGAAAGAUGAAAUAAAGCAAGAGGAAGAGACUUGUAAACGGCUCUCCGCCACCAGUGCUCUGAGUCACGAAGGGAAACAGCUAGUGAAUGGGGAAAUUGGCGACGACAAGCUAACUCCAGCUCUUAGGUCGGAACAGAUGGAGACGCAGCUUUGUGAGACAAAGGAAGAUGGGUCUAGCAUCCCCUCUAAGGACGGAAAUGGUGCUGAGAGCUUCAAUUCUGUCCCAGCAAGCUCAAAGAUAAGUGAGCUUGAGAAAGAAGUCCCUUCAGGAAAUGGUGUAGAUAGCUCUGUAUCUACCAUAGAGAGCCUCAGUCAGAAAGGAAGGUCAGAGGAGUCUGCGCCUCCAAACGUGGAAAUGCCUCUUGAGCCUUUAGAGACAGAGACUGAUCUCUCUUUAAAACCCGCGCCAUCUGCCACUGAAUCCUGCACGGCAAAAGUCGAAGAGAAGGCCCCCGAAAGUAAGAAUGAGAACCACACUCCAGGCAGAGAAUGCCCGGAAAAGGUGGAGAAGGCCAAAAAGACUGUUGCUGAUAAGGAAAGGCUGAGUCCAAUACCCGAAGAGGCUGUGAGGAGUCCUCGAGAAUCAGAAAAGCCAGGUCCUUGUGACAUGGCUGAAACUUCCCUCCCAUCCGAGAUGACUGGCCCCAAGGAGAAACCGGCCUCAGAAAAAAAAGACUGUCUAGAGAGAGGGUCAAGUGAAGGUCAAUCCCUUGAAAAUUCAAGCCCAGAAAUUCUAAAAGAGGAUUCUGAGUCCAGGAAGGUAGAAGCGGCUAGUCUGGACACCGUCCAGGCCUCUGGCAUGGAGGGUACUUCUGAGACCAGGAAGGUAGAAGCGGCUAGUCUGGACAAUGUCCGGGCCUCUGAGACAAAAGGCUCUGCGCAAAAGAACAAAUUCAAAUAUAAGUUAGUUCCUGAAGGAGACAGCACUGCUUCAGAAAACACGGAGAUCACCUCUGAGAGGCAGAAGGAAGGCAUCAAGUUGACAAUUCGGAUAUCUAGUCGGAAGAAGAAGCCAGAUUGUCCCCCACAAAUUGUGGACUCUGAAAGCAAGGAAGAGAAGGUGGGGAAGGAAGAAGAGAAAACAAGUAUGGGGCGUACUUUAAGAAGGUCUCCAAGAAUAUCUAGACCCACAGCAAAAGUAGCCGAGAUCAGAGAUCAGAAAGCCGAUAAGAAGAAAGGGGAAGGAGAAGAUGGAGUGGAAGACGAGCCAACUGCUUUGCAGAGAGCAGACAAGAAGGAUCACUUGAAAAAAGCCGAGAAGGAUACAAGUUCUAAAGUGAGCAAGGUAAAACCCAAAGGCCGAGUCCGCUGGACCGGUUCCCGGUCGCGUGGCAGGUGGAGAUACUCCAGCAAUGACGACAGUGACGGGUCUGACAGUGAGAAGUCCUCUGCGGCCUCGGAGGAGGGGAAGGAGAGUGAGGAAGCCGUCCUUCCAGAGGAUGAUGAGCCCUGCAAGAAAUGCGGCCUCCCGAACCACCCAGAACUAAUUCUUCUGUGCGAUUCCUGUGACAGUGGCUACCACACCGCCUGCCUCCGUCCUCCUCUGAUGGUCAUCCCUGAUGGAGAAUGGUUCUGCCCUCCUUGCCAGCAUAAACUACUGUGUGAAAAAUUAGAAGAACAGUUGCAAGAUUUGGACGUUGCUUUAAAGAAGAAAGAGCGUGCUGAGCGAAGGAAAGAACGCUUGGUGUAUGUUGGUAUCAGUAUUGAAAACAUCAUUCCUCCACAAGAGCCAGAUUUUUCUGAAGAUCAAGAAGAAAAGAAAAAAGAUGCAAAAAAGUCCAAAGCAAACUUACUAGAAAGGAGAUCAACAAGAACAAGGAAAUGUAUAAGCUACAGGUUUGAUGAGUUUGAUGAAGCGAUUGAUGAAGCUAUAGAAGAUGAUAUCAAGGAGGCUGACGGAGGGGGGGUUGGCCGAGGAAAAGAUAUCUCCACCAUCACAGGUCACCGUGGGAAAGACAUCUCUACCAUUUUGGAUGAAGAACGAAAGGAGAACAAACGGCCUCAGAGAGCAGCUGCUGCCCGCAGGAAGAAACGCCGUCGACUUAAUGAUCUUGAUAGUGAUAGCAACCUAGAUGAGGAAGAGAGUGAGGACGAAUUCAAGAUCAGUGACGGGUCUCAAGAUGAGUUCGUUGUGUCUGAUGAAAACCCAGAUGAAAGCGAAGAAGAUCCGCCAUCUAACGAGGACAGUGACAUGGACUUCUGUGGCCGCAGACUGAGGCGGCAUCCGUCUCGGCCAAUGCGGCAAAGCAGGCGCUUGAGGAGAAAGACCCCAAAGAAAAAGUACUCUGAUGAUGACGAAGAGGAGGAGGAGGAGUCCGAGGAGAACAGUAGAGACUCCGAAAGUGACUUUAGCGAUGACUUUAGUGAUGAUUUUGUAGAAACCCGGCGAAGACGAUCAAGAAGGAACCAGAAAAGACAGAUUAACUACAAAGAAGAUUCAGAAAGCGACGGUUCCCAGAAAAGUAUACGACGUGGUAAAGAAAUCAGGCGAGUCCACAAGCGCAGGCUCUCCAGCUCAGAGAGUGAAGAGAGCUAUAUGACCAAGAACUCUGAAGAUGAUGAGGUCACAAAAGCGCCUAAGCGAUCUGUUCGGAAACGGGGCCGAAGCACGGAUGAGUACUCAGACGCAGGUGAGGAUGAUGAAGAGGAAGGCAAACCAUCCCGCAAGCGGCUCCACCGCAUUGAGACGGACGAGGAGAGCUGCGACAAUGCUCGUGGAGAUGCAGAGCAGCCUCCCCACGACAGCCAGCCCAGGGCCCUGCCCUCAGAGCAGGAGAGCAGCAAGAAGCCCUAUCGGAUAGAGAGCGACGAGGAAGAGGACUUUGAGAACGUGGGCAAAGUAGGGAGCCCAUUGGACUACAGCCUAGUGGACUUGCCUUCCACUAACGGACAGAGCCCAGGCAAAGCCAUUGAGAACUUGAUGAGCAAGCCAACUGAAAAGUCCCAGACCCCCAAGGACAGUGGCACGGCCAGUGCGAAUCUAGCCCCCAAUGGGACAAGUGGUGGACAAGAGGUGGGGGCCCCGGAGGAGGAUGAAGAUGAGCUUUUGCGAGUGACUGACCUUGUUGAUUAUGUCUGUAACAGUGAACAGUUAUAAGACUUCUUUCCAUUUUUGUGCUAAUUUAUUCCACGGUAGCUCUCACACCAGCGGGCCAGUUAGUAAAAGCUGUUUAAUUUUCCUAGAAAACGCCACUACAGAACGACUUUUUACAAGAGAAAUUUCAACAAAUCCUGAAGUCUUUCUGUGAAGUGACCAGUUUUGAACUUUGAAGAUUAAUAAUUGCUGUAAAUUCCUUUUGAUUUUCUUUUUCCAAGUUCAUGGUCCUUGGUAAUUUCAUUCAUGGGAAAAAAAUCUUAUUAUUAUAACAACAAAGAUUUGUAUAUUUUUGACUUUAUAUUUCCUGAGCUCUCCUGACUUUGUGAAAAGUGUGGAUACGAAUGCAUUCCGAAUCUGUGAGGGCCCAAAGCAGAAUUUAGGGCGGGAGAAGCACCUGUGCUCUAGCUUUUCAUAUUAAAUAUAUAUUAUAUUUAACACUCAUGGCAUAGAUGGUGAUUAACAAACUGUUUAAAGGUCAGUCUACUGUUGCAGUUUGAGAAUUGUAGAUACAACAUCGUACAUACGCCACUUAGUAGUAGCCUUCGUGAAAUCAGUUUGUUUGCUUUUGGAGUUACCACACAUUAAUAAAGAAGAGACCAUGGAAGUACAUUCUAACAACACUUUACCCUAAGUUUCUGUUACAGUAGAGUUUCUUGUUUAAAAGAAAAUCAGACACACAAAAUCAUCUGAAAAGCAUCUGUAUAGGAAAUGGUAUAACGAUACCACAGCAACCAGAUCGUGCUAGCGGCGAGUCUGCAGUAGCUCGUGUGCACCGUGUCGGGUGGGGAGCUGGUGCAGAGUGAGUGUGGGCUUCCCUGCCGUGCGGGUACACUGUAGUGUUAGCUCUCCCGGCUAUGUGGUGUUAACUAGCUGAGAUGUGAUUUGAAUAUGAUCAUCUAAACCCAGCCUACGUGGAGAUGCUAAGCUGACAGUGGUCUGUUAGCACAUCUGAAGACCCAGAAGGGAUUUUCAGGUGAACUCUCACUGGUCUGUUCUUACCCUUUAGUAUCUACUUCAAAUUGAAGUCUACAAACAAAGCAGUUCCUUUGGGAGGUUUUUAGUUUUUGAGUUUAAGCAUGUGGGGUGUGUGUGUAUGUAUGUGUGUGUGUGUUGGAAUUUUCUGUCUGCCUGGAUACAUUAGCAGGACUUGAAUGUAGUUCUGGCAUUUGGCCAUUCUGUACGUCUAUUGAAAUCCAUUGAUAGUCACACAACCAACAGAACUGCGAGCCUCUGGUUUGCUUCCGUUCAAACCUCUCAACACUCUAAGGAUUCGCCCUUUGCUUCAGGAAUCGGCGGUUUCUGAUGAGCUAACGGGUCAUAGCUGGCACUAAAAUGGGAACCUGAUCUUAGUUUCGGGCACAGCCCUAAGCCCAUAUAGCUGUAGCAUUUGUGAUUUGGGCACAGCCUAAGCCUUCAGCAUUGCUUCGGUGGGUGCCUUUGCCCAGGAUCCAGGUUCUCUGUUCCAGUGUUGAGUGUUGCCGGCAACAGACGGACCGUAUCUGCUGCUGGCCCAGGGAACAUCAUUCUUCUUUUCCGAUUAAGCAUGGUAUGUGGUAGCCAGUGUACAGUAGACCACUUUUUUUUCAUCACUAAGAGCUGCCAUUAGACUUGCUUCAUAAAGACCUCUCUGGAAACUUUGUGCUCCUACUUUCUGUUCCUCGACAGAUACUGCCGUUAAAUUUUGGCCUUUAAAGUUUAGUGCUGAUUUUAUUUUUUCCAUUACUGGAUUCCUGUUUCACUUUAGUUCUGGAGAACUUGACCGAUAAUAUUUUUGCUUUGAUUCUAGUGAUGAACUUGUAUUUAAAGAAAACCCAAGGAUGCAGCUGCUCUACAGGACCAGCUGUGGUUCUUUUUCUUUUUACUGCACAACAGUUUUGUGCUGGGAGGACGGGUGGGCUGACAUUCGCAGGAAGUAAAGGACCGGAGGGAGCCACACUCGCUUGCUAAGCUCCCUUCCAGCCAAGUAAACCCUUAACUGUCUAGAACAGACAAGAACUCCUACUUGAGCAUGGUAAGUGGUUCCUCUCCCCCCCAGAAGGUCUCAGCCCUGCCACCAGAGAGAGCCACCUGGUGUAGCAGCUCUCCCUGUGCCUGUCUCCAGCUCUGCACACACCAGCUCUUGCAUCCACCUAUCAAUUCUCACCGUUUAUGCAGACGCUUAGAAGGCACAGGCGAGUAGCUAAUGCAGCAGUAGCAGAAUGUGAAGUAACUUCUGUCAUGGAAAAACCAUGGUGAUUUUCACAGUAAAGACUGAGUUUCCCACUUAGCAAAUGUCCCAUUGGCGGGUUCAGAACCACUAUGUGCUACCUGAUCCUCACUAAACUUGAGUGUCUCCCUUCUAACCUUACAUUCUCACUAACCAACUGGCUAUCAGUAGUAAUCCGGGCAGCUAAUCCAUACUGAUUCUUAGUAUCCAGAGAGUGCUGCUGCUUGACUUUUUUUGUUGUUUCUAUUCAUGUUGGAGAUCAAAUCCAGGUCCUCAUGCGUGCUGGGUAGAACUCCUGCCGUAUUUAGUGUUUAAGACUCUGUCCCUCAGAGUCUGUUAUCUCUCAGAAAUACUCACUUGGAAGAUCUUCCCAGUGAGGUCUCUGUUGCUGCUGUCAAAAUAAAUGUGUAUCAAAAAUUCCAAUACAGCCAUUGAGAACUGGAGGAUGGAAGGGCAAGCAGUAAGUCAGGUCUUAAGGAAGUCAGGUCGCUAUCUUCAAUCCUUGAUAGAUGCAGGUUCUCAACUGAUCUGUAUCCCCUUUAGUAACACCAGUCACUCCCUGGUACCUUUUGAAAUACAAGCAUUGAGCUUGUCUCAGACUCUUAGUCUACAGCGUAGGCGUCAUGGGAAGAUACAGUAGUAUUCAGAGGGUUUACUUUGCCAUAAAGUUUGAAGACUCGCCAGAUUUGAAACAGCGUAGGAAAAGGACUCAGACUGUACUGGUGAGAUGGCAAGUUAGUGUUUAUUGUAGAACGUUACUGCAAAGUGAUGUGCACAUAACACAGUGAGGGUUCCUUGGCAUCGUUGUCAAGGUUGCACAUUCAGAGCAUAAAGAAGAGUUUCAUUAAGAAUGAAUUCAUGUUUACUGGUAACUUAUUUUUUAAAAAGUGAUCUGCCAAAGAACCAAGAACUUCAGAUAUUAAUGGAUGGCAUUGUUGUGGGGGGGAAGAUUGCUAACAAUGUUACUCUCUUUUCACUUUCUAGUGGCUAGGACCUAUCCUAUAUCACAGACAUUUAGGCAGAGUACAUCUACUAAGGAAAACGUGGACACUUGUUUAAUUUGAGCGUGGGAAGGAUGGAGAAUGUGCUGGUAAUUUUGAGUGGGAAGGAUGGAGUUCCUGUCAGCCUCAUUUGUAAGCAGAGGUACUAGCCACUGCUAACUGUUCUCUCCGGAGACAAAACAAAUCUUAACAUUCAGAUAAUGCUGUGGCUCCACGGCCCGCUGCCAGCCAAGCCGGUCUCUGGUUCAGGAUAGUGUUCCCGCUUUAGAACAGGUGUUCAAACCAAGAGUUUUCUUAAGGGGAAAUGUGUAUACACAAAACUUCCUGGAUGACUACUAGAAUACUAAACUCAUCAUGAACUUACUUAUAAAAAAUAUAAGGUAAAUAGUUGUGACAAAAUUAUGAAUAUGAUUCAGUUAUAGAAAGUUUAGAGAAAAAUAGUUUUUCUUGUUGGUUUGACAUUCUCAGAAUAUAUUUCUGGUUCUCAUGAGAGUCAGAGAAUGCCAAGACCACAUGUGUGCUGUAACCUACAUAGUCCUUGUCUGUGUUCAUAUGGUCCAUUAUUGAACUCUCAGAAUAAAUUCAUUCCUGUUUUAUCCUCCAUUCCCAUUGUAAACCGCGGAGGUGGCAAGCUAACUGCUGGUGUAUGUUCUCACUGUUUGUCCCCGAUCCUGAAGGAAGAGGCAUUUGCUUUCAGUGGCUUUUAUUUGUUUUAUUUUAUUUUUAUUUUUUGGUUUUUUGAGACAGGGUUUCUCUGUGUAGCCCUGGCUGUCCUGGAACUUACUCUGUUGACCAGGCUGACCUCAGACUCACAGAGAUCCACCUGCCUCUGCCUCCUGAGUGCUGGGAUUAAAGGCGUGCACCACCGCCGCCCAGCUUCAGUUUUUAAACUUUGUUGUCUCCACUUAAUUUUCAAAAUAUUUCAAUCCAACUUAAAUGAGUUAACACCUUUGAGUGCCAAUGUUUGCUAGGUACCUGGCUGCAUAACGCUGAGGAUAACUCGUCCCCAUGUAACUGUUGUAAGCCAAGAUAAGGUGGACCUGGUCUGGAAGCACUGGAUCGUGCACGCAGCACCUGCUGCUCACACCAACCCUCUCACAUGUUGCUUAGAACGGUUCCCUUGGCAUUUCCGCCCCUCAGGCCAUGUCCACACCUCCCUGCCCCGUUUUGCACGUGUGCCACUUUGCUUGGGGAGACGCUGUUCUGGCACAUUCGCUGCGCUCCUUUCAGCUCAAGGUGUCUUUUAUCUUGCUGUUUUAGAUGUCUGUCCUAUACACAAUAUAUGCGAAAGAACAUAUCAAAUUACCAGAGGAAUGGGGAUUUAUUUACUAAGUUCUAGACGUUUUGAAUGAGGAAAAAAAAUAAGGAAUUAUGUUUGUGGGUUUGUUUUUUCUGCCAAACUGGUACAAGCUAGAAAAUGUGCAGAGGACUGAAUAGCCUGCCUUGUUCUUUUUGCCACUGGACGUUUCACAUUAAGAACACGCCGGUCUAACUCUCCUUUCUUGACUUUCAUCCGUUUCAGGAGUCUGACUUAAGUGUUUGGGGUUUGUUGAUCUGUAUUUAUUGCGUCCUGGUCAUAGGCCAGGAGGCUGCAUGUUAUGUUUGUGGCCAGCCAGAACACAGUCAUUGUGGGACUUAAUGGCUCAAGAUCUUCUAAAUCAUUUAACUUAUUUUGUAUGUUGCAAAAAAAAAAAGUUUAUUUUGCUUGAGAGUCACAUUUUUUUAUAACUGUACAGCUUUUAAGGGAUGGGAGGUGGGAAAUACCCUAAAAUAGGAUGUACAUUUUUACAGUUGUGUUUAUGCUAGGACAUCUACAGGAGCAUUAUAUAAUUAAACCUCAAAUUGUUUAACACCUGUGCCAUGGUCUUUUUCGUUCUGUUGCCCUUUAGCAGAAUUGGUGCAUGUCAAUCUUGCACUGCUGUAUGGACAACCCUUGAAAAGAGAGUAAAACCUUCCAAAGCCUCCAUCCCACUGCAGGAGUAUACCCCGGCCACCUCUGUGCGUGCGCGCGCGCACGCGUGCGCACACACACACACACACACACACACAUACACAGUUUACAUCAAUGUGAGUGGAUCUGCGGGAUCAGUACAGCUGCAACACCCCAAAUCUGGCAAUCAGCGGCAUUCUUUCCGUGCAUGGCUUCAUGCUGCGUGUCUAGGGUAUUGUUGGCGUUGGUGUGUUUUGUUCUUGAUCGUAGUGUGUGAGUACCUUGCCUAAAACUCCCAUGUGGUUCCAUGUGCACUUAAGGGAUGGACUAUGAUGAGAUGGAGGUGGGAAUGGGGCAGGGCUAGGAAAGAAGGAAAACUUGAACUGUUUGACCAUUCCGUAGACUUACCCAGCUUGCUGAGAGCUGGCAAGAGGGACGUCACGUUCAGUUUUUCAAUCCCCCUUAUUUGGUAAUUUUGGUCUCUUAACUUCCACUGGCAGUUGUCAGGGCACAUUCCACCAUGCUACCACCACACCUUUUAUCAUUCUAAUUUACUAUCUGUAGAGCAUCUCUGUAGCUUUGGACUCUGUCCUGGAACUCUAUCUGUAGACCAGCCUGAUCUCAAACUUGCAGAGAUCCACCUGCCUCUGCCUCCCGAGUGCUGGGAUUAAAGGUCUGCGCCAGCACUGCCUGGCCCAUAACCAUUCCUAUAAGGAAUUAAAUCCCUCUCAAUGUGUCAUGAUUUCUAAGUAACCUUCACCUGUAGUCAACUAAUUUAGGAAAUAUUUUUCUUUGCUCUCUUCACCCAUUUGGAAAGUUACGGACCAAGGAAUUCAAUGUGAAGAGUACACAUUCGAGAUAAGAGUUUGUAAAUUGUCUUACUUUUGAAUCUGGCUUUAUUUUAUAAAGUAGUAACUAAGUUCCAGGAAGCAUCCAAUCAGAACAUGUCUUGGAUUUUCAGAUGUGCUUUCAUAAAAUACUUUAUUUUCCCUAUGCAUAAAAUAAAAAUAAUUGGAACGGUUCUCAAAAUGCUUUUUUUCCAUGAGAGCUGAGGCAGAAGCUCCAAGAUAGGCACGGGACUAACUCCUGGUGUACUCAGGAGCGUGCUGUUAGCCAGAGCAGAGCUGGAGUGCAUGUUCACUCCAGCACUCCUGCAGGUGUGAGUCAAGGGCGGGAAUCUGAAAACUGGAAACAGGAUUCUGAUGUCUAGGAAAGCCUGUGUCUGAGAGGUGCGGCAGACCCUGAGAGCUCAGGGCUUCAGGAACACUAGAACCGCAGUGCGUAUUCAACGUGAGACCCAAAAUAUGUUGUGGCUGGGGCCGAUAUUUUUGUUAAUGAAAUGUUGAAUGUCUCCUUACAGUCUGAUCGAAAUUCUCAGUGUACUAAGCCAUUUUACAGCUAUUGG